CUGUCUGGUUCCAGUCGCAUUCUCCAGGGUAGGCGCUGCUGACAUUAUGUAAGCCUCAUGACGUAGUUGUCAUUGGUCGUCCCGUCGCGCAGCCACGCCGAAAGCUAGCGCAACGCAGAGUCACUCGCCGCGACACCAAAAAAAAGUCAUCGUGGGGCAGAUAGAUCGAGCGGCAGCUACACUGUACAUCUGCACAUUGUACACUGCGCAUUGCACUGUUCAUGCAGCAGCUGCGUCCCCGCUUUGGUCUGAUCUGCUCCCAUAGCUGGUCUAUCCGUCAGUUGCGUCUCGCCGCUUCUGCUUCUUCGCUUGCGACCCGCUCGACCAACUCGACCCGAUACCCUCGACACAAUUUUCCACAGGAGCGCCCCUUCAGCGUCUCCCCCUCGUUAUCGCGUCGACGUGGACAGCAUAAGGUCUCCUUUAUCCCAGAACCUAUCCUACAACGCGGGAACACCGACCUCUACGAAAUAAUGACGACCUACGUCGAUAUUGCUUCGGCGCCCACCGCAGACACCCCUGGGACCUGUCUGUUUGUCCAUACCGACAAACGGGCAUAUGUUUUCGGUCGGCCCUCCGAGGGCACCCAGAGAGCCUUCAAUACCCGUCGCAUAGGCAUGGGAGGCACCGAACAUGUCUUUCUGAGUGGCAGUCUUAGCUGGAACCAGAUCGGUGGGUUGUACGGCUAUGUUCUCACUGUCGGGAAUUCCAUCGAGUCAUCCAAGGAGCAGACUGCGCAGCUCAACUCGGAGAGAGAAAGGAAGGGCCAAAAACUGCUCGAACAAUCGCAAAACACUGUCCUGGGCAUCCACGGAGGCGACAACCUCUGCCACACUCUGGCAGCCUGCCGUCCUGUCAUUCUCCGACAACCUAUCACUGUGUCUACUUUCGAACAUAGGGAGGAUCCGAGGGUUGAUAACCCAAGCCAGGUCGAGCCCGACUGGGAAGACGAUGGCCUUCGAGUAUGGAAGGUCCCCGUUCGAAGGACCCGCUCAAGCAGCCCACAGAAGCGUCGCUUUGCGAGCCCCGACAAUGGGGAUCCUUCGUCAGCUGUUAACAUCUUCAAACCAGUCGAAGGCCCGUCGGACCCAACACUCGCGUCAAUAAUGGUAGAGAAAGCUAUGUUCAAUGGCCAACUCGGAGGGAACGCUGGUGUCUUGAUACCCAGGCACCUCAGUCUCAUCAAGUCCACUGACACGGCCUUUGUUCGUAAAGACAGAGACUUGACCCGUUAUACUGGGCCUUUUGCAGAUACUGGUGCUGAACUCCCCAAUCCAGAAGAGACUGUCUGGGUACUGCCAACAAAGGACGACACUAUCGACCCGAGCGAAUACAUCAACCUGAAGCACACUCCUCUCCCUCGGACGACAUAUAGUGAGAUAUCUAUGUCCUAUAUUGUCAAAUGCCAUGAGCGCCGAGGCAAGUUUAAUCCUAGUGCAGCAAAGAAGCUUGGCGUCAAGGUACAAGACUUCAAGCUUCUGACGGCAGGCUGCGCCGUCGAAGGGACGGACGGCACCGUGACACCCGAGAUGGUUCUGGGCGACCCCCAGCCCGGAAAGGGAUUCAUUGUUGCGGAUAUUGAGUCUCGCGACUUUCUCGACUCCUUCAUUGAGAGACCUGAGUGGUCCAAUUCUGACUUGAUGUCGGACAUUGUCUCCAUGUACUGGAUCUUGGGAUCUGGAAUGGCCAACGAUGUUCGAAUCAAAAAGUUCGUACAAGACCACCCAAAGAUUAAGCACAUCUUCUGCGCUAGCGAUACUUGUCCCAACAUGAUUGCUCUAGCCGGUCCCGGAGAGCUUCAGACCAAGCUCCGCCGUAUUGACCCCGAGCGAUUCACUCUGCUCAAGUACGAGAAUGCAGUCAAAGGAGAGGCCCCCAAGGGCCCCCAGGUGGAGCUUGGGCGGAUUGGUCACAAGACCGUGCUCAUGCCUCGCGUUAACCUUGAUGCUGGCAAAAUAGCUCCCUUUCCAAAUCUACUCGAAGCGGCCAAGGGGGUGAACGACACGAUCCUAGAUCUCGCACGCAAGGCCCAGGAGGAGACGUCCGACCCUGAAUUCCUCCGAGGAAUCGAGGAGGAUGAGGCAGAUAUGCCCAAUAGGGAUGCUGAAAUCAUUCCACUUGGAACGGGGUCUUCAUGCCCUGGCAAGUACCGCAACGUCUCCGCGACGCUGAUUCGUGUCCCUGGUUUCGGAAACUAUCUACUUGACUGCGGUGAAGGGACGCUCGGCCAGAUUCGACGACUCUUUGGUGACGAAGAGACGGCUAAAAUCCUCCGUGACUUGAGAUGCAUUGCCAUCAGUCACCUUCACGCCGAUCACCACCUCGGCACCCCUAGCCUCAUCAAGGCCUGGUAUGAGAGCACUAUCGAUGACGGGAAUGCCAAGCUGGCUAUCUCGUGCAUCUGGAGAUAUCGCACACUCUUGGAGGAAGUUUCACAGGUAGAAGACAUUGGUUUCCAUCGUCUACGCUUUGUGAACUGCAGUCCCACGGGCGAUCUGCCGGUCGUGACGGCCGACCAAAUGGGCGAUAACAACUUCGGCCUCGCCUCCGUCAAACGUAUUCCCGUCACCCACUGCUGGCGCUCCGACGCAGUGCAGAUUGAGCUCACCUCGGGCCUCCGCAUCGCCUACUCGGGUGACUGCAGGCCCUCGGACGAUUUUGCGCGCGAGUGCGACGGCGCGCACCUCCUCAUCCACGAGUGCACCUUUGACGACGACAUGGGAUCGCACGCCAAGAAGAAGCAGCACUCGACCAUGAAGGAGGCCUUGAGCGUUGCACAGAAGAUGCGCGCCCGCCGCACCCUGCUGACGCACUUUUCGCAGCGUUACGUCAAGUCCGAAUCGCUCAAGCGCGAUAUCACCAACGUCGGCGAGGUGCUCAUGGCGUUUGACCACAUGCGGGUGCGCCUGGGAGACUUUAAGAAGGCGGCGGCCUUCCAGCCAGCGAUUGCUCAGAUGCUGGCCGAGUCGAGCGAGAAGUAAACUGCCUGGACAUGUUUGGCCAUGGUUGGUUAUGUAAAUUACUGGCAUGACGAAUAGACGGAUAGACAUAUAGAGGUGGCGGUAAAUCCACUCCACGAGUUCAACUCA